ACCCGCCCCCGCAGGAGGAAAGGGAGAGGGAGGAGGAAAGGAAAGUGCUGUUCUGUGGAAACGGGCGGAAGGCGGGGGAGAAAAAGGGAACAGAAACAUGGCGGUCAAGUCUUGGGACGGAGGCGCCGCGGGCAGUUCCUAGGCGACCCGCCGCCCGCACUGUUAGACGGCUCACAGCGCGGAGGCACCCGCGCGGGCCCGCGCUCCGGCCAUUGCUCCUGGCUGUAGGCGGCGCCCCUCCGAGACCCUGCCCGCGAGGCGGCGCAGGCGCAGAGCGGACUGAGGCGGCGGCGGCCGCCGCUGGAGCUAGUACCCUGCCCUGCCCUGCCGAGCGCGCCCAGGCCGCGGAGCCGGUGCUUUCAUGCCCCAGGAAGAAACCGUGUCGCGGUGGCGCUGACAGAGGACCAGGCAGCAGAUGCUGUGUUCUUGAGGAUGUUAUAUGUGCUGAGGAGAAGAAUGUGUAUAUUCUGCAGCCGUUAGAUGAAAUAUUCUGAAAUACAGUAGCAGCCAUGAUAGAAGACAAAGGGCCAAGAGUGACAGACUACUUUGUUGUAGCUGGUCUCACUGACACAUCUACUCUUUUGGAUCAAGAAAUAAAUCGUUUAGAUACUAAGUCAACUGGACCUAAAGCUCCAAUUACAGACAUUGCCGUUAUUAUCAAAUCAGCUGGAGAAACAGUACCUGAAGGUUACACCUGUGUAGAAGCCACUCCAUCAGCUCUCCAAGCAAACUUGAACUAUGGAAGUCUGAAAAGCCCUGAACUUUUCCUCUGUUAUAAGAGAGGGAGAGAUAAACCACCCCUUACAGAUAUUGGAGUUCUAUAUGAAGGGAAAGAACGGCUUAUUCCAGGAUGUGAAGUGAUCCUAGCCACACCCUAUGGUCGCUGUGCCAAUGUCAACAAUAGUUCAACUACUUCACAAAGAAUCUUUAUCACUUAUCGAAGGGCUUCUCCAGUUCGACCCCAGAAUUCCUUGGCUGUAACUGAUAUCUGUGUUAUUGUAACCAGUAAAGGAGAAACUCCUCCUCAUACCUUCUGCAAAGUUGACAAAAACUUAAAUUGUGGAAUGUGGGGUUCCAGCGUGUUUCUGUGUUAUAAGAAGUCUGUACCUGCUUCAAAUGCAAUAGCAUAUAAGGCUGGUUUAAUUUUUAGAUAUCCGGAAGAGGACUAUGAGUCGUUUCCACUCUCGGAAUCAGAUGUACCUCUCUUCUGCCUUCCCAUGGGAGCUACUAUUGAGUGUUGGGAUCCUGAAACCAAAUAUCCACUUCCAGUUUUUUCAACUUUUGUCUUGACAGGUUCUUCAGCCAAAAAGGUAUAUGGAGCUGCCAUUCAGUUUUAUGAACCUUACUCUCGGGAACUUCUAUCAGAGAAACAGCUUAUGCAACUGGGCCUAUUGACGCCUGUGGAGAGAAAAAUGGUCUCCAAAUCCAUCAAUACAAACAAAUGCAUUUGUUUACUCUCACACUGGCCUUUUUUUGACGCUUUUAGGAAAUUUCUUAUGUUUAUCUACAAACUUUCUGUGUCUGGACCACAUCCUCUUCCCAUUGAAAAGCACAUUUCACAUUUUAUGCAAAACAUCCCUUUUCCUUCACCACAAAGACCGAGAAUCCUUGUCCAGCUGUCAGUCCAUGAUGCAUUAAUAUUAUCACAGCCAGUUUCUACACCUUUACCACUAAGUGGAGCCAACUUUAGCACCUUGCUAAUGAAUCUGGGUCCUGAGAAUUGUGCAACACUGCUGCUCUUUGUUUUACUUGAGAGUAAAAUUCUGCUGCAUUCUCUUAGGCCAGCUGUCUUGACUGGGGUAGCUGAAGCUGUUGUAGCUAUGAUCUUUCCAUUUCAGUGGCAGUGCCCAUAUAUUCCCCUUUGUCCUCUUUCACUGGCUGCAGUGCUUAGUGCACCUUUACCGUUUAUAGUUGGAGUUGACUCAAGGUAUUUUGAUCUUCAUGACCCACCACAAGAUGUUGUUUGCAUUGACUUGGAUACGAACAUGUUAUAUGUAUCAGAUGAAAAGAAGAACAUGAACUGGAAGCAACUUCCCAAAAAGCCAUGCAAAAAUCUACUUAGCACCUUAAAGAAAUUGUAUCCCCAGCUGUCUUCAGUUCACCGAAAAACUCAAGAAGGCUCAGCGAUUGACAUGACCCCAAUUGAAGCAGAUUUCUCCUGGCAAAAGAAGAUGACACAGCUUGAGAUGGAAAUUCAAGAGGCAUUUUUGCGCUUUAUGGCAUCUAUUUUAAAAGGAUAUAGAACAUUUCUCAGACCAAUCACAGAGGCUCCUUCAAAUAAAGCCACAGCUGCUGAUUCAUUGUUUGACCGACAGGGGUUUUUAAAAAGUCGAGAUCGUGCCUAUGCAAAAUUCUAUACCCUUUUAUCCAAAACACAGAUUUUUAUUCGUUUCAUUGAAGAAUGCAGUUUUGUAAGUGAUAAAGAUACUGGAUUAGCAUUUUUUGAUGAUUGCAUAGAAAAGUUGUUUCCUGAUAAAGGCACAGAGAAAUCAGAUAAGGUUGAUUUUGAUUCAGCAGAAGAUACCAGAUUAAUAGAACUGGAUGAUUCACAGAAAAGUGAGCAUACUGUAUUUAUAAUGCCACCAGAGCCACCUCCUGAUGAUGGAAAGGACCUGUCACCAAAGUACAGUUACAAAUACUUUCCAAGACUGGACCUUAAGCUUUUUGACAGACCGCAGGAGUUGAAACUUUGUUUUAGUAGACACCCUACUGGGAGUAGCAUUACAAAGAGUCCAGCUCUCAUGGCUAAGAGAACUAAACAGGAAAUAAAAACAGCUCAUAAAUUGGCGAAGAGAUGUUAUACAAAUCCAUCACAGUGGGCCAAGUGUCUGUUCAGUCAUUGUUACAGUUUAUGGUUUAUUUGUCUUCCGGCCUAUGUUAGGGUUUCUCAUCCUAAAGUCAGAGCACUUCAGCAGGCAUAUGAUGUACUUAUUAAGAUGAGGAAAACAGAUGUGGAUCCCUUAGAUGAGGUGUGCUAUCGAGUAGUGAUGCAGCUUUGUGGACUUUGGGGUCAUCCUGUUUUAGCAGUGAGAGUCUUAUUUGAAAUGAAAACUGCUAGGAUAAAGCCUAAUGCUAUUACUUAUGGUUAUUAUAAUAAGGUAGUUUUGGAGAGCCCGUGGCCUAGCAGUACCCGCAGUGGUAUCUUCUUAUGGACGAAGGUGCGGAAUGUGGUACAUGGCUUGGCACAGUUUAGGCAGCCGCUUAAAAAGACUGUGCAAAGGUCGCAGGUCUCCUCAAUAUCAGCUCUUCAAAAUGUCACAGGUGGAAGUGAUGGGGACACGGUGAGCCACGGUAGCGUGGAUAGUUCUAAUGAUGCUAACAAUGGGGAGCACACAGUCUUCGUCAGAGAUUUAAUCAGGCUUGAGUCCAUUGAUAAUCACUCUAGCACAGGUGGUCAGUCUGACCAAGGAUAUGGGUCUAAGGAUGAACUUAUAAAGGAUGAUGCAGAAAUUCAUGUGCCUGAAGAACAAGCAACAAGAGAAUUGAUAACUAAAACAAAAAUGCAAACAGAAGAGGUGUGUGAUGCUUCUGCUAUUGUGGCAAAACAUUCACAACCUAGUCCAGAGCCUCACAGUCCUACUGAAUCUCCUGCAUGGGGCAGCAGUAUUGUGAAAGUUCCGUCUGGUAUAUUUGAUAUCAACAGCAGGAAAAGUAGCACCGGUAGUAUAUCAAAUGUGCUGGUUUCUACUCAAGAUCCAGUUGAAGAUGCAGUCUUUGGCGAAGCUACUAAUCUCAAGAAGAAUGGUGAUAGAGGAGAAAAAAGACAAAAGCAUUUUCCUGAGAGAAGUUGUAGUUUUAGUUCUGAAAGUCGAGCAGGAAUGUUGCUUAAGAAGAGUAGUUUGGAUUCGAAUUCAAGUGAAAUGGCUAUCAUGAUGGGAGCAGAUGCUAAGAUUCUCACAGCAGCAUUGACAUGUCCUAAGACUUCUCCACUUCAUAUCGCAAGAACCCAUACCUUUGAGAAUGUUAGCUGUCACCUACCUGAUAGUAGGACUUGUGUGUCUGAAAGUACUUGGAAUCCUGAGUACAGAUCAUCUCCGGUGCCAGAGAUGCUUGAGGAAAGCCAAGAACUCCUUGAGCCUGUGACUGAUGAUAUACCUAAAACUACUGCAACAGAGGAUACAUAUGAGAGUCUACUAAGUGAUAGUAACAGUAAUCAGUCCAGAGACUUGAAAACAGGAUCCAAAGAUCUGAGGAAUAAGAGAAGUAGUUUAUAUGGUAUUGCUAAGGAGGUUGAGAGGGAAGAUGUUGAAACUGGACUAGAUCCUUUGUCUCUUUUAGCCACUGAAUGUUCAGGGGGAGAAACUCUUGAUUCUGAAGAUAAGUUGUUUUCUCCAGUUAUUGCACGUAAUCUGGCUGAUGAAAUAGAAAGCUAUAUGAACCUAAAAAGUCCCCUAGGUAGUAAAUCUUCUAGUAUGGAAUUACAUGGAGAGGAAAACAGAGAGUCUGGCAUGACUACUGCAUUUAUUCAUGCUCUAGAGAGGAGAUCAAGCCUACCUUUAGAUCAUGGUUCACCAGCACAGGAAAAUCCUGAAAGUGAGAAAAGCUCGCCUGCAGUGUCCAGGUCUAAAACUUUUACUGGGCGUUUCAAGCAGCAAACCCCCUCUCGAACUCAUAAAGAACGUUCAACUUCUUUGUCAGCACUGAUACGUUCUUCGCCACAUGGCUCGUUGGGUUCUGUAGUAAAUUCUUUGUCAGGACUAAAGCUGGAUAAUAUACUCUCAGGGCCCAAGAUAGAUGUCCUAAAAUCUGGUAUGAAACAAGCAGCGACUGUAGCCAGUAAGAUGUGGGUAGCUGUUGCAUCUGCCUACAGCUACUCAGAUGAUGAGGAGGAAACUAAUAGAGAUUACAGCUUCCCGGCUGGCCUAGAAGACCAUAUUUUGGGGGAGAAUAUAUCGCCUAACACAAGUAUCUCAGGAUUGGUCCCCAGUGAACUUACCCAGAGCAACACAAGCCUUGGCAGUAGCAGCAGUAGUGGAGAUGUAGGAAAACUGCAUUAUCCAACAGGUGAAGUUCCAUUUCCAAGAGGCAUGAAAGGGCAAGACUUUGAAAAAUCAGAUCAUGGUUCUUCUCAAAAUACCAGCAUGUCUAGCAUCUAUCAGAAUUGUGCAAUGGAGGUUUUGAUGUCCAGUUGUUCACAGUGUAGAGCUUGUGGAACUUUAGUUUAUGAUGAAGAAAUUAUGGCUGGAUGGACAGCAGAUGACUCAAAUUUGAAUACAGCUUGUCCAUUCUGUAAAAGCAACUUCUUGCCUCUUCUGAAUAUAGAAUUCAAAGAUUUGAGAGGUUCUGCAAGCUUUUUCCUGAAACCAAGUACCUCUGGUGACAGUUUACAAAGUGGAAGCAUUCCAUUGGCAAAUGAAUCCUUGGAGCACAAACCUGUAUCCAGUUUAGCAGAACCUGACUUGAUCAACUUUAUGGAUUCCCCAAAACAUAACCAGACCAUAACUGAAGAAACAGGCUCUGCAGUUGAACCAAGUGAUGAAAUAAAGAGAGCCAGUGGAGAUGUCCAAACUAUGAAAAUUUCAUCUGUGCCUAAUAGUUUAUCAAAGCGAAAUGUAUCUUUGACUCGAAGUCACAGUGUUGGAGGCCCCUUGCAGAAUAUUGACUUUACCCAGCGACCGUUUCAUGGCAUUUCAACAGUUAGUCUUCCAAACAGUCUGCAGGAAGUUGUGGAUCCUUUAGGAAAAAGACCCAAUCCUCCCCCUGUUUCUGUGCCCUACUUGAGUCCUCUAGUACUCCGUAAAGAACUUGAAUCUUUGCUAGAAAAUGAAGGUGAUCAGGUGAUUCAUACAUCUUCUUUCAUCAAUCAACAUCCAAUCAUUUUCUGGAACCUCGUUUGGUAUUUCAGACGUUUGGACCUUCCUAGUAACUUGCCAGGACUUAUCCUCACAUCUGAACAUUGUAAUGAAGGUGUACAGCUUCCUCUGUCAUCUCUGUCCCAGGAUAGCAAACUUGUGUAUAUUCAGCUGUUAUGGGAUAAUAUCAACCUUCAUCAGGAACCAAGAGAACCUCUGUAUGUCUCAUGGAGGAAUUUUAAUUCUGAAAAGAAAUCAUCUCUCCUGUCAGAGGAACAACAAGCAACAAGCACUUUAGUAGAAACCAUCAGGCAGAGUAUUCAGCAUAAUAAUGUUCUUAAACCCAUCAACCUACUUUCACAGCAAAUGAAGCCAGGCAUGAAAAGACAAAGGAGUUUAUACAGAGAAAUCCUCUUCUUAUCAUUAGUGUCUCUAGGAAGAGAGAAUAUUGAUAUUGAGGCAUUUGACAAUGAAUAUGGAAUUGCAUACAAUAGUCUGUCUUCAGAGAUUCUUGAAAAGUUGCAGAAAAUUGAUGCUCCACCAAGUGCCAGUGUCGAGUGGUGCAGGAAGUGUUUUGGAGCGCCUCUCAUUUAAAUAGAGAUUCACUAGAAUUUUGACACACAAGGCUUGGAGAUUAGAUUUAAUCUGGAAACAUUCAAGGGUUUUUUUUCCCAAAUCGUAAGAACUGGUGAAUAUGGAAUUGAAGUAAUUCUUGAGGACAGUAUUUAAUGAAUUAUGAUUCAUACUGCAUCAUGUCGAAAUAUGAAAUGCCAUUUAAAUGUCCCAGGGCUUAUUAACAUUGAAGAUUUUCAACUCCUGAACUGCUUUUCUGCCUCUGUGGAAAACUACUUUGGGAUUCCUCAGUAUUUGUAGUAGUUUGAUAGAAAUAAUGAGGAACCAUAUUCAUUCUAGGCAUUAUUUAUAUUUGAAGUUACUGAGUUUGAGGAAUGGCAAAUUAAAUUUGCCUAACCUCCAAAAUGAAAUAUCUCAAUUACAAAAGCAACAUAGCCGGGCACGGUGGCUCAUGCCUAUAAUCCCAGCACUUUGGGAGGCUGAGCAAGGUGGGUGGAUCACUUGAGGCCGGGAGUUCGAGACCAGCCUGACCAAAACGGUGAGACCCUGUCUCUACUAAAAAUACAAAAAUUAGGCGCGCCACUGUAGUCCCAGCUACUGAGGCUGAGGCAGGAGAAUCACUUGAACCCAGGAGGCAGAGGCUACAGUGAAUGGAGAUUACGCCACUGCAACUCUAGCUUGGGUGACAGAGUGAGACUGUCUCUAAAAAAAAAAGCAACAUAUUUGUGUAAGUGUGUAUAUGUGUAGGGCUGUGCAGGUAUGUGUAUAUACAGCCAUAUUCUAAGUGUAUAUUUAUUAAAAUAGAUUGCAUGUUGCAAUACAAUUUUCUGAAAUUUUCUGAUUAUUAAAUGAAUGACUACUACUGAACUUGUAUGUAGUCAUUAAUCUUAAAAUUACCUGAAAAUCUGAUGACAGCUGCCUUCCCUGACUUUAAUGCAUUAGGUUGGGGCAAAAUUGUAGUUUUUGCCACUAUUAAUGGCAACUAUUAUUUUUGCACCAACAUAAUACACUUUUCAUAUUAUGUAUUAUCUUGCUUAAUGGAUUUUAUCUUGAUUAUCCAGUGACUUCCAUCCUCUUCCCAUAUCUUAAUUUGCAAUAGUUUUAAAAUUGGAACAAAUGAAUCAAUCAUCAGUUAAAAUGAAAUUAAAUCAGCUGCCUAAUAAUUUAUGAAAUUCAUUGGAACAUGCUUAAAAUGCUAAAGUGUAUGUCAUUAAACAUAAAAUCUUUGUUCAGGCAUAUACCUUGUUGGUAUCGAUCACUUUUUAAAACCUGUGGGAUAAACUUGCACUGCACACAGAAGUUUUAUUCUUGUAUAAUAUUUAGAUUUGUAUGCUUGUGAGUAAAAAUGUGCAUUUGUAAAUACUGGUUUUUUUUAGGUUGAAUCAAUUAAGUCUUAAAACUGUAAAUUUAUUAAGCUUGUUGUCAGUAGGUUUAAGAAAAUCAUGAUCUCACAUGCCUCACUUUGACAUUUAUCAUGCCUUUAUUAAAAAUAUCCCUUAGGAACAGUAAGUUUGCCUUAACUCUCUGCAUGGUUUAAAAAGCCAGUGGUUUUGUGAGUGUUUACAGUAAUUAUGCAGAUGGCUAAAUGAGUUGACACAGUAAAAUUACUUCCAUAUGGUACAGUAACAGCCUAACUCCCUUCUACCUGAUGUAACCAUUUACAAAUUGUAGUUAUUGUACCAGUCUUUCAACAUUUCAGGGUUAAUCUGACCUAUGCAGAAUUCUAGUGUGAAUUUAUUGUGAAAAUGCUAAAUUAAACAACUUGUCAGAAAUUAUGUACAAUUUUCAUUACCUUUAAUGGAUCUUUUGCACUGUCUCAGAGUAUAUAUUUUUGCAACUCAAGACUUGGUACUAGUUUUAAUACUUAAUACUUACUGACCCAACAGAAGUUUUGAAUUACCUUGCAUAUAAAAAUUGAGCUUGAAUAAAAUGAAAAAUUCUUAAGUUCGUUGUGUUUUGUUA